AUCAGUUUGUUUUGCUUUCAUAAAACUAAUAUUUAUUGUUAAUUUGUUAAUUAUUGAUAAUAAUAACAUUGACCAAUUCUUCGUAUUUCUAUGCCAACUCUGCUUGAAAAAUUUUCCAGCGAAAGGGCAUAGAAUCUAUAGGAAAUUACACCUGAAUGCCCGACUUUGCAGAUUGCAUGGGUAACUGAGAAUCCUGCCAAUACUUCAAUACUUGGGACCCAGGACCUAGACUCUGUUUAAUGGCUGAUGGCACUGGAAGCUGGGAACAUCAUGGAAUUAAAUGCCGCUUACAAUGGUUUCGAUGACCAUUGCAAGGUGGCCGACAUGGACUUAAUGAAGCAACGAAAAUAUAUCCACAAGGAAUCUCAUAAUUUGGAGUCUAUAGAUCAUAUCAUGCAUCGCAAAGACCAGCAACAGCAUCAUCAAGAGUUCUUGGAUCAUGCAUCGUUGCUGGCACCCGAGUACAUCCGUUAUCCCAAUAGCUUCAUUAUGAUGGAUUUAAUGAAUUUUCCUAAAGGUGUGGUGUCUUCCGGCACACAUCCCGGUGACACACUGCCUGCUGACCUACACUUUCACAGUUCACAAUUGUUUCCCGUGACGGCGGAUGAGGAACAUCAUCAGCAGCAUCAUCAUCAUCACCACCACCAUUCCAAUGAACCUCGUAAAUCACCCACAUAUCUGCCUUUGAAUAGUGACUUUCUCAUGCCUGUCAAUAAAUCCUUUAAUGCUCCUGUUGAUGAUGUGGUUUCGGUAGAAGAAAAUGGUGCCAAAGUUGUGCAAGAAUUAUUGAUGAACGAAUCAAAUGUGAAUUUGGAUGACGGUUCCAUUGAUGAUGAUUGCGACAUUUCACGUUUCGAUUCCCGCAAAGUUUUGCCCCACAAAAAACGCAUCUCACGCAAAUUGAAAAUCAAUCAUGAUGAUGGUAACCUACAACUGAAUGUACCUCUGCAGGACCAUAAACUGCCACAUGUUGAACAAUUGGUGGUAGGUGCGCCUGUACAGCAAUUUCGCUGUGAACUUUGUGGUCAUGUGACAUGUUCGCAAUUGGAUUUUUUUGCUCAUCUCAAGCAACAUUAUGAACCCUCAACGCCCGAUACCAUUUUGGCAGCAAUGAAAACUUCAUUGGACGCUUUAGGACCGGAGAAAUCAGAAGCUGCUUCAAAUCUCUGCUCGAUUGAUAAAAAGACUGAUGAACUUGAUCAAGUCUUCCAAGAUGUACAUUUCCCCUUUGAAAAUUUUCCCCAAACCGAUGAGGUGAGUACCGAAAGAAGAGUGGAUAUGGAUAUGCAAACACAUGUGGACCAGGUCGACAUGAAAGUUGUAUACAGCAAUGCCAUGGGUAAUGUGGCUUCAAACAACAUGCAGCCACAGCAAACGCAACAACAGCAGCAGCAGCAACAACAUCAACAACAACAACAGCCUAACCAAAACCUUGUGCCUGAAGAGUUUAGUGAUACUGAAGAUAUGCUGGAAGGUAUCAGGGAUAAGGUGCUCAUAGAGGAUACCUGUGAUACCAUGGAUCUGAUGACGCCCACAUCAAAUGGGGUUAGGCCUCAUUGGUUCAACAACAACUGCUUCAAUGGCAUCGAUUUAAAAUCCAAGCCAUUUUGUGAUGUUCUAUUUUCCGGUCAGUUUGCGCCCAUCUUAAAUACCGAUCCUCCGGUACCCGCGGACAAUAAUCACAUAAGUGUGGGCAAAUUAAUGCCCAAAGAUUUGGUGGAUUCAAAUACUCAGGUUAUGCAGCAUGCCACCGAUUUGCGGCUACAAUUUCCCCAUGCUAAUGAGGCAAUGACUAAUAGCCAUGAACCACAACAACAACAACAGCAACCACCAGCACCACAACCUACACAGCAGCCUACUACGCUUAGCAAUAAUCUAGACCUCAUAUCACCUCAACACAUAAAACUAGAAGAUAAUAACGACAUUCCCCCCUUCCACACGGAACAGGAAUUUGUUGCCAAUGAAAACGCCGAGGACAAUGAAGACGACUAUGAUGAUGAUGGUCAUCAAGAUCAUGAUCAUAGCGAUGAAAGUUAUUCCCAUUUGCCUAAAUUAAAUGUAGAAAAUAAUCAUACUACCAUGAAGCCAAUGCAACCACAUCUAGAAGAUGGUGAAUAUGAUCCUGAAAACCUAGAGGAGGAGGAAGAAGAUGGUGUAGAGGUUGAUGGCAAUGGGAAACGCAAACGUUAUUUGUGCAAUAAAUGUCAGCGAGUUUUUAAUUCCUGCAAUGCCCUCAAAUAUCACAUGAGAACGCAUUCUGGUCUGAGACCACACCAAUGCGAUAUAUGUGAUAAGUCCUUUUUUGCCAUAGGGGCUCUAAAGGCUCACACAAGAACGCACACCGGAGACAAGCCCUUUGAGUGUGAAAUUUGUAAUCGUAAAUUUCGCCAAUGGGGUGAUCUUAAGUAUCACACCGUCUCCAUACACAGCUCCGAAAAGAACCAUCAGUGUGAAUUUUGUGGCAAGGCUUUUUCUCGAAAAUAUUCUUUGGUGGUGCAUUUGCGUAUACACACCAGCGAACGUAAUUACAAAUGUGAGUUUUGUACAAAAACAUUUAGGGCAUCCACAUAUUUGCAGAAUCAUCGUAAAAUACAUACAGGUGAAAAACCCUAUGAAUGUGAGGUAUGUGAGAAAAAGUUUCGUGUCUCUGGCGAUCUAAGGCGCCACCAACGCAUACACGAACGCACUCAGAAGAAAAAGAACAGUGUUUUUAAAGAGCAAGCUCCUGCGGUUAUUAAGUCAUUGGCAUCUUCUCCUCCCACCACAUAGUCAUUUUAGCAUAUUUUUUUAAAAGCUAUAUAUUUUAUUGUUUUAAUCCACUUACAUAUAACACAAUUACAUAUGUAUGUAUUGUACGAACAUAGUAGUAGAUCUAUUAAGUAGUAUUAGCCUCUUUUUAAAGGGCCAAGCAAUCAUUUGUAUGUUUUUAUUGUAUAAAAAAGCUCAAAUGAUAAAAUUUUAUUUUUAAAAAAAGUGAAAAUAA